CUCUUAAGCGUCUGUGCGUUGCAUAGGAACAAGAAUGUUGUCCAGAGUGUUAGGAGAUGUCGGCUUUCUUUAGCUUGAAACUAGACAAAUGGAUUUGUUAAUUUCUGUUGUUACUCAAGGCAGAUUACAUCGAGCUUCCCAUUAAUUUGUACUUUCGUUCAUCAGCGGAGGGACAGUGCAUUAGGCAAAGGUAAUAUCUUGUACUUAGGUAGCAUUCUAGCUAUGAUAGCUAGCAAGCUACUACCACUUACUAAAAUUAGCAGAUUUAGAUUUGAGCUAACUUUGUUAUCAGAAUUAACGUUAUGAGAGUUUGAUUCAAAUAAGGUCAUUGAUCAUUGGUUUGAUUGAUGAGUGAAUCAAACUUAGAAUGCUGAAUUAAAAGCAAUACGGCACACUGCAAAAUCCCUGCAGUAACGUUAACGUUAGCUAGUAUUAACGUUAGCUUUCUUAACGUUAUGUCAGUUACGUUACCAGGUCAAUAACGUUAACUUAGCUAUUAACGUUAUAGCAAGCCAACUUAGCUAGUAAAGCAGGGAGGUAGGUUGCUAGCUUGCUCAUAGUAUUAGGGGCUAGCUUGGCUUUCCGGAUAAUCCUCUCCAAAAGCCAGUAAGCACAAGCGAGAACAGCUGCAGACAGCGAGUCUCCGAGCGUUGCGUGUCCGGCAGGAUGGCCGGAGAUGCAGGCGAGCUCCCGGAGCUGGACCUGGAGAAGUAUGAUGCGGAUGAGUGUGUGAAGAUCAUCUGCCUGGGGGACAGUGCGGUGGGGAAAUCCAAGUUGAUGGAGAGAUUCCUGAUGGAUGGCUAUCGACCUCAACAGCUGUCCACAUAUGCGCUGACUUUGUACAAGUACACUACCACAGUCAACGGGAAAACCAUCCUUGUAGACUUCUGGGACACUGCAGGGCAGGAACGCUUCCAGAGCAUGCACCCAUCCUACUACCACAAGGCCCAUGCGUGCAUCAUGGUGUUUGAUGUCCAGAGGAAGAUCACCUACAGAAACAUGGCCAACUGGUACAAGGAGCUGAGGGACUACAGGCCAGAGAUUCCCUGCCUGGUGGUGGCCAACAAGAUAGAUGCGGACAUGAAGGUGACCCAGAGGAGUUUUAACUUUGCUAAGAAGCAGGGCCUGCCCUUCUACUUUGUUUCAGCAGCAGAUGGGACUAACGUGGUCAAGGUGUUUAAAGAUGCCAUCCACAGAGCGGUGAACUACAAGCAGAACUCCAGUGACUUCAUGGACGAGGUCAUGAGAGAACUAGAGAACUUUGAGCUGGAGCAGAGGGAGGGCAACUCUGAGAGAGACGAGGAGGAGGAGGAGGAAGAGCCCAAAGAGAAGCCAGGCUCAGCGUGAUCUCUGGACAUACACAAACACCGGCAGCUCACACACGCACACGCACACACACACACACGAUAACCUCUCUGGAGGCCAAAGGCUGUAGGUGAUUAGUGGGUGGUUAUGAGGAGAGUGGCAAUGGAUUGACCAUUUCAUGCGUUGAGAUGCUGCAGUGGAGCCUGGCUUCAAACACCUCCGCUCAUGUUCUACACCCAUGGUGAUGCACUGUCCAUCCAUUGGAGAGUAGAGUUAGAGUGUGUGUGUGUGUAUAUGAGACCAUACUGCAGUAAUGUGUAGAAUGUGAAAUGAGUGUGUAUGGAUGUUUGAUCAUACUGCAAUAAUGUUUCUGAAUGUUUGUGUGUGAUAUACGUGUUCGUUUUUGCGAUUGCAAAGUGCUGAAACGUUUUAGUCACAUCUCACACACUCACAGAUGCACACAGAAUGGUUUCAGGAUAAUUAUGAAUGACUACCACAGCCAUUGAAUCAUUGCCUCUCUGUGUCGUGUGUGUGUGUGUGUGUGUGUGUGUCUGUCUGUGCUGUGUGUAUGCCUGAGAAUGAGCUGUGGUAGGAUGGCUGCUAUUUGUCUACUUUCCUGCAGUGCUUGAGAGCCGGGUUGGUUCAGGUCUGGUGAUGGAGUGUGAAAUCGAGUUCUGAAAUACACACACACACACACACACACGCAAUAGUGACCAGCUCGCAUCUGUCAUCGUCGGGGCAACGUGAUACUUCAUGGACCUGUUGUCAUAGAAACGUCCUGCGUAGCCCCGGAGCAUCUGACCACACUGCACAAGCUGUGAAAGGAAGGAACUUCCAGAUCCAAACACAUUUUAAAGGCUUUGUUUUUUUUGUUU